GUACUUACUAGUGGACACAACCCGAGCGACGCAAGAUGGUUGAAUGUUUUCUCUGCAGUUUAGGAUGGAUCGUCAAGUGGUACCUGUACGCGUGGGCCGCUUGUCUGGGAAUCUUCGUGAUGCUGACCGUCCUCUCUAAGCUUGCCCAGCGAGGAAACAAACUCAAGUACUACAGCAAGUACGGCAUGAUCUACUUUGCGACCCAGUCCUUCACCGUACUGUUCGCGCCGUUUGCCAUGCUGAGGGCGCGCAGCAUCGACAAUUGUCGCAUUAUCGCAAACAUAAUGGCGCGUGCCUCCAAACUGCUCGGCAUCACGUGGGAGCUGCGGAAUGCACAAAUUUUGCGCCAAGCUAAGGGUGCGAUCGUUCUCACGAACCACCAAUCGUCGAUGGAUAUACUCGGAAUGAUGACCUUGUGGGAGAUACUACACAGUGUCAUUGCCAUUGCCAAGAAGGAAAUUCUGUAUCUCUUCCCGUUCGGACCGGCGGCCUGGCUCUCCGGGCUUCAGUUUAUCAAUCGCAAAGAUCGUCCGUCGGCGAUGCGUACGUUUGAUCGGUGCAAGCGCAUGAUGACGGAGGCCGGUGGUGGGGCCAAAAUGUACAUCUAUCCGGAGGGCACCCGGUACCCGGAGCGGGGUAUGCUGCCGUUCAAGAAGGGUGCCUUCCACACGGCCAUCGAAGCACAGGUGCCAAUCAUCCCGGUGGUCUUUUCGCACAUGUACUUCAUUCAGGCGAAGAAGCACAUCUUCGACGACGGCCAUGUGAUUAUCGACGCGCUCGAUCCGAUUCCCACCAAAGGCCUCACGAAGGACGAUCUCGACCAGCUGAUCGAACGGACGCGAAACGUGAUGCUGGCGCGGUACGAGGAG